AGCUGAAGUAAAAUUUCAUAUCGGUUUGUGUCCCAUAUGGGAAAAAUUAAACGAUGCUGCAGUUUCAAUUUCUAGUCUUCAUUUUUGUUAAUUUUAACUCUCAUGGCUUGACGUCAGCGGAUAGCUUAUCAUGGACACCUACACAAAGAAACCUCAAGAAUUCUGAUGAAUUUGACUUCAAAACUAGAGGACCUGCUUCAAGAAUCAGAAAAAGGAUAGACAAGCCCAAUGACAUCAGAAGUAAGAUUUAUAGGAGAAAAAAAACGUUACAUCACGUAAUCCAAAAACAGAAUACAGGGAUUGAAGGAAAAAGAUUUAAAUUCCAGUCCAAUAGCAGAACUGCAGCUACAGAUGUUAUAACCAAUCCAAAGACUGGUUCACUGAUUACACCAAGUCUUCCCCGGCGUUUGGAACGUAAGAUAAAGAAAGUUAAUAAUAAAUCCCUCAAAAAGGAAGAAGAAGAAUAUAUGGCUGAAGUAUUUGGCACGAAAGAGGAAGAUUAUACAGAAGGUCUGGAAGAAAGCGAAACUGCAGAUGCUGAAGAUUGGGAUGAAGUUUUCGAGGAGAUUGAUUAUAAAAGGAUUUUCAAUACUUCUACUACAGAAAUGGAAGGCAUUGAAAUUACAACUCAGGUGGUACCUCUGUACAGGCUUCGUACUGGACAACAUAAUAUCAUGAAUCCAAAUGAUCAGUUUCAAAGAAAUAAUGACAGAAAAUAUAAUAAGAAUGGAUUUCAAAUACAUAGACAUCAAGGUGAAAAUGGCUGAUUUUAAUAUUCAUAAUAGUGAACUGCUGCACUUUUAAAUUAUAAGUCUUUAUAAUAAAAGCUUUAUAACUGAAUGUGUUCCAUUAUGUUUUAUACUUUUAUAAAUCGUAAAGAUACGUAAAAUUAAUUUAUACGCAAUUAAAAAAGUUCUAUUUGUUUAUUUUUUACUGAUCUGAAGUCAUUAAGAAAAGUUCAGUUUACGUUUAAGCUGGCAGUUUAUUACAGAUAUGAGUAUGAACAAUUUUUUGGAAUCCAGUAUGUUCUACGUAAAGAUCAUUACGAUUUAUUGUGUAAGAAACAUGAAAAAUAAGCUGUGAGUUCGCUGGGGUUCGAACC